CAUGGUACCCAAUGAGCGAAGGAGUGGAUUAGUCACGGUCCACCUUACCUAAUGCGGAAGUGCGACGUAUUUUCUGACAAAUGGGAAUUUUCUUCAGGAUCAGUCCCGUCAUUACAAAGCAGUGAUGACAUGCAAGUUAAGUUGUAACAAAGGUGCUGCGAGCAAGCCACUGCAAUGAUUUUCGUGCAGAGCUCGACAAAUAAAUAGAUGUGGAAUGGUCCCUCACGAUGAAGUUCAGAAAAGGACAUCAGAUCAAUUGAGUCAACCAUCACUUACAGUGCCCUCGAACAAGCCAACGAUCAAUCAGCCUCGGUUUUUUCAUCUUCACGACUCGUUUCACCUUUAGUACGUAAUUAUUACACGAUGGCGCCUCAAGUUCAGGGACGCAAGAUCGCGAUUGUCGGUGCCAGUGGCCAACUCGGCAAGCCCACGCUCAAAGCGCUCCUGGCCAAGGGUGUCCACACUAUCACCGUGAUUCAGCGGCCCGAGGCUACCAGCACGUUCCCUACCGAGGUCGCUGUUAAGAAAGGUGACCUCGAGGAUGAGGCCUUUCUUGCCGAUGUGUUUAAAGGCCAGGAUGCCGUCGUUCUUAUGCCUCCUCUGUCUCAUAUCAUCAGCAUCCAGAAGCCCGCCGUGCGUGCGGCUGCCAAGGUCGGCGUCCGCUGGAUCCUGCCCUCUGAGUUCGGCCCUGAUCCUUUCGCGAGCAAGCUGAUUGAGGAGAAUAUCCUUCUUAUAAAUAAGAAGGAGAUUCGCGACCUGAUCGAUGAGCUGGGAGUCAGCAGCUGGGUCUCCAUUGCAGUUGGCCCUUGGCUGGACAGCAGCCUCCCUGUCGGCCUCUGGGGCAUUGACCCGAAGGCUCGCAAGGCCACCAUCUGGCGCGGCGCUGACGCCAAAACAAGCACGGCGACGGUCGCGCACACUGGCGAGGUUACUGCCGCUGUGCUGAGUCUGCUAGAGGCUGACCUAGCCAAGUACAAGAACAAGGCUGUUUACGCGCCGUCGUUCCGCCUGUCGCAGCAGGAGAUGCUGGAGGCGGUGCAGCGUGCCACAGGCACCACGAAUGCAAACUGGGACGUCACGACGCGGGAAUACAAGGAUGUCGCCAGCGAGUACGAGGAAAAUAUCAAAAAGGGUGAUGGUAUGGCGCCCUUUAUUAAGUUCUUUGUCACGCACUUCGUAGAGGGCCUCGGUGGCGACUUCGACCACAAGGUUGACGCAGCGGAGCUAGAGAAGCUGGAGAAGCUUGGAGUGCCAAAGGAUAAUCUUGAGGAGGUCAUUAAGGUCGCACUGCAGUGAUCAAACUGAUGUAUUAACCAUUUGUCGUCGUC